AUGGCCAACACUUACAAGCAGCCUGCAGCCAAUGGUGGCCCUCCAACUCAUCCUGCCCUUCACGUGCGUGACGCAAAGGAUGCCCAUGUUGUCCUCGAGGCAGUGCGCCUUAACAUGUUGCCACUGAUCAGAAGGCGCCUCACGGCCAGCGAGCGGGAGCAACUCACUUCUGGAAACGUCUUUGUAUGGGAGGAAGCAGAAAAUGACGGCGGGCUCCUACGUUGGACGGAUGGGCGAAGAUGGUCCCAGAGUAGAAUGCGUGGCGAUUAUCUGUUUUACGAAGAGAAGAUGGAGACUACACAGGAAGAAAAAGACGCUAAGGCAGCGCUAAGAGCCCGUCGAGCAACAGACCCAUUAGCUGUAGCACCUCCCACAAACAGACGGAAAGACCGUCCAAACCGCCCUAACGGCCUUACCAAGCAGACAUACUCGGCCCUUGUGUACAUGCCAGGAUCAAGCCAUCCUCGGAAAUGGCAUAUCGUGGCCUACUUUACAGGCGACGAUUACCUACGCCUUCCUGUCGUGGAAAAUUACGAUUACCUCCGAAGUCUCAAAGUCCCAGAUGGAGUCUUCGUAUCCAGUAAAGCCAGCGGUCUGAGAAAUGAUCGCUACUCAUACGGGCCAUACCAUGAUGAUCCAAUGAGGCCCAUGUCAGCUGCCUCAUCAUCGUCAUCAACCAUGCUAUCUCCCCUCCAACGCCAAUCUACGGCAUUGUCAUCACCACUUCCUAGGACUGGCCGUCAGGAUGUAUCGUUACCAAGCAUAUCCACUCUUGCCCCAAUUCGAGGUCGCCAUGACCUUGCUUCCCCAUAUCAUACCUCAUCAUCUACUCGUCCUGAUCAACUUCCAAACAAUUAUAGUCCUUUAAGUGCGGAGGACCGACGUGUGCUGAACAGUUUUCGCGUUGUACUAUAG